ACAUUAACAUGACUUUUAAUCACUAACAAACAUGUAAAGUAUACGUCAUAUGUAGGGAGAAGAUAAUAUAGAAAAUGUCGAAUAUAUUUUGUAUGAUUUUCAUGAUUUUUGUAACAACCGAAUUGAGUGAGUCAUUCAACGUUCACUUAACGUGUGAUAUCGACGAAAUCGUUAAAUUUGUUUCGAAAGUUGGGGUUUCUCAUGAUAACGAUAAAAUAAAAGAGGCCGCGGAGGAAUUGGAUAAAUUAGAAAUUGAUGGGAAUAAAAAUUAUGAGAAGAUUAUCGAUAAAUAUUUUGUGGAAAUGCCGAAGAAAAAUAUCAAAGAUAAGGAUAUCAAUAAAUUGAAGGGUUUGAUAAAGAAAAUCGACGAGGCUUGGUCACAAUAUGGAACCAAGGAGUUGGGUAACGAUGACAAAGUUGAGCUGGCUGAUUUGCCUGGGACCCUAAGCGAACUCUAUAAAUUUUAUAUAGGAAAUUAUGAGAAAGACUUUCCGUCCCGAGUUGCACAGGAUAAACGGCCGAGUGUUUGUGAAGCUGAGGUGAAUAAUCAGAUCCGUCUGGAAAAAUUACAUCAAGCUGUCGUAUUGUCAGAGCUUAGGGCUUUUAUUUUGAAUCUCAAGGGAGCCGAAAAUAGUCUAAGCACAGCUUCCAAUGCUGUCAUACAUUCAGAGCAAUAUAUUUUAGCAACGCGUAAUGGUUUCAAAGCAGUUGAGAAUUUUUAUUAUCGCUGCGAUCCAGAAGAACACAUCCGCGGUGAAACAUUUUCGGAAUUCCUGGGACUUUUUCAAGGAGUUAUUGUAAAUACUGAGGAAACUGAUUAUGGCUGUUCAAGUGAUUGUGAAGAUAUAAUAAAUAAACGGUAUAAAAAUGAUGGGUGUGAUCAGUCAGAGGAUGGCGGAAAAGGAUACGACCAUUGCCCCGCAAAACCGUGUAAAGGUCAACUAGUUAGAUGUUUUUAUGUUGGCGACGCUGAAGCCUGCGAAUUGGACGAAUCGUCAGAUAGACGUUUCCAGUGGGUCAAAAUAGAAAACAAACGCAAUGAUUCUUAUGGAAACUCAACAAACGAAUGCGAUGGAACAAUAGUCAAUUUACGUGACGCAAAAAAAAAGUAUAGUGAUUGUAGCACUUGUGGAUGUGUUUGUGCUGAAGAAGACGGAAAUUCGACUGCAAUAAGAGCAAUAAGUUCGAUACCACAAUUUGCAGACAUUGAAAAAAAUAUGGUAAUUACGGGAGUAAGAUUCGUUGAAAAAGAUGGACUAUUUCAUAUCCAAAUCGAGCAAUCUGAAUUAGGAGCUUACGGUGAAAUUAUAGAGGGAACGGAAGAAUGGAAGGAACUUGAUGACUUUGAAUAUGUCACAGCUCGUUUAGGAGGAUUCAAAAUAAAAACUGAUGAAGGGGAACGUCAGUUAGUUGAAGAAGAUGAUUUCGCAUUUAUUACUGAUAACAACAGAGGUUUUCAUCUCGAUGAAUUAACUGCUCCAGACGGUCAUGUUAUUGUAGGAGCUCGUAUUGGUUUUGAUUGGAUAGAGGAUGCCGUCGAAUUAACUGUUUUGUCGUGGCCUUUUGAUUACCUGACAGGUAAAUUAGAAAACCCAGUAAAAUUGUCUCAGGCAAGCAAUUUAGAAUGGAUUAAUUGGAAAAAUUCACAAAAACGUGUUCCAGUAAAUAUGCAACGGAACGAUUGGCUUUUAAUAUUUUUCGAUGAACCCAUAAAAAGUCCUAAAGAAAAUAGCCACUUCCCACCACCUCACACCAUGAUAGAUGUACAAGCUACAGGUUUUCGAGAAGAUAUGGCUCAACAUACAAUCCCUUACAUAGACCUUCAACCAGUAACUUAUCCAUCAGUAAAAAUACCUCUACGUGGACUAGAAAUAAUUCACCGUAGUUAUGGAAACUAUGGAGGGUUUCUGUCACUGAAAUUACACACUUAUAAUUUCACGAGCCACUUUGGAUAUGAAAUGACAGCAGAUGAUUUAAAAAAAUAUAAGCGUUAUUUUAAUGAUGAUCUUAAGUAUGAAAUACCACGAAAAAUAUAAUAUUAAUUCAAUAAAUAUAAACCUAUCAACCUA